UGCGCGCCCGGGUUCUCGCAUGCCACACGGCGGUGAUCGUGGGCUUAUUAUUGCGCCGGGAACGUUAAUGACAAACGGUUUUUCACUGGCCCGUCGUCGCUGCCGAACCGAUCAGCAAGUCAUGCCGGAAGACCCGUAAUCGACUACAGGUACAAUGAAACUCAGCGUAACGUCAUUUCGAGCGCAUUCGUCGGCUCAGAAAAAAAUAUUGAAGUACCAAAACCAGCUCAAUUAUAUCGCGCCUCAUGUAUCCGUAGUACCGAGUAUUAAUUCACCUUCGUCUACUCAAAAUUUUAACGUCAGGCAAAUGAUGGUCGACAGUACGGGAAUGAGAACGGACAAUAUAAAACCAGGAACGCCUAUACCGUCUGAAACGUCUAGCUCAAAAAACACCAAUGAAAGUUCCAGCAAUAACACCAAAAACAGUUCGACGGCCAUCGAGAAAAUUGUGCCCUCCAGAAGCCGGAGCAAUCAAAGAUGGAUGAAACUCCGGACCACCGUGCAGCUGUCUAGUGCUAUAUCGUCGACGAUAAAGACAUCGAAACCGACUCUGCAAAGGGAAGACUCGUUCAUCAAACGAUUUUCUACUCGACAAGUCGCAGAAAAACAGGAAACGAUAGACACCGGAGAUGACGGCGAGUGCAGUUCCGGUUCGCAAGACAAUAUCGAGUAUGUGCGCAGGAAACGGCGGUUGCGCCGCAAACAGAACAAGUUACCUUGGUCGGUGGUCAACCCGGAUGAAAACUUCUACUUCAACUGGUUAAUGGUGUUGACUGGGUGCACUCUGUACAACCUGUGGACCGCUAUCGUCAGACAGAGUCUGCCCGAGCUGCAAAGGAUGGCAUCUGGCUGGUGGUUCGCCAUGGACGCAUUUAGUGACGUGGUGUUUCUAUUGGACGUUGCCGUUCAGUUUCGAACCGGCUACCUGGAACAGGGUCUGAUGGUAUACAACACCAGUAAACUAGCCGGCCACUACAUAAGAUCCAGAUCGUUCCUGUUUGAUCUGAUCGCCCUCACGCCUCUUGAUCUAAUUCAGCUCAAGAUCGGCGUGCAUCCCAUACUCAGGUUUCCUAGAUUUAUCAAGGUUUACCGUGUGUACGAUUAUUACUACAUGGUGGAAUCAAGAACGGUUUAUCCAAAUCUGUGGAGGGUGAUUAACUUGAUCCAUAUUCUCUUAAUACUGGCUCACUGGUUUGGCUGUUUUUAUUAUUUAUUAUCUGAAGCGGAAGGGUUCAAAGGCGAUUGGGUUUAUCCGUACAAACCGGGAGCCUAUGCUACAUUAACGAGAAAAUAUUUGGGUUCUCUUUACUGGUCUACCUUGACAUUAACAACAAUUGGCGACCUACCCACUCCAGAGACAAACGCUGAGUAUGUUUUUACCAUUGUCAGUUACUUAAUCGGCGUUUUCAUAUUCGCCACGAUUGUCGGACAGGUGGGCAAUGUGAUAACAAAUAGAAAUGCAAACCGAUUGGAGUUCGAAAGACUGCUGGAUGGAGCAAAACUGUACAUGCGCCAUCACAAGGUGCCAAGUGGCAUGAAGAAACGGGUAUUGCGAUGGUACGACUACUCGUGGUCCAGGGGACGUAUUCAGGGCGGUGGUGACAUUAACACGGCGUUGGGUCUUCUUCCUGAUAAACUUAAAACCGAACUAGCUCUGCACGUUAAUUUGGCUGUUUUAAAAAAAGUAACGAUAUUUCAAGAAUGUCAACCAGAGUUCUUACAUGAUCUGGUGCUCAAGAUGAAAGCAUACAUAUUUACACCGGGUGAUUUAAUUUGUCGCAAAGGAGAAGUUGCAAGAGAAAUGUUUAUUAUAGCUGACGGGAUUUUAGAGGUUAUAAGCAGUGAAACUGGUCAUGUUUUAACAAUAAUGAAAGCAGGCGAUUUUUUUGGCGAAAUUGGUAUUUUGAAUUUGGACGGAUUUAAUAAGAGAACUGCAGACGUGCGUUCAGUCGGGUACUCGGAAUUAUUUAGUCUAUCUCGUGAAGAUGUUCUUGCAGCUAUGAAAGACUAUCCUGAAGCACAAGAAAUUCUACAAACACUUGGUAGGAGGCGUUUGAUGGAAGCGAGAAAUGCCAAUAAAAUUGUGGCGGAUCGCAUAAGAUCUCGCGCUAAUCUCCAAGUCUCAGAAAACUGCAGCGGAAUUGUAGACAAAAUACGCAGUGAUGUAAAAGGCCUCCGGAACGCAUUUACUAAAGGACGUCGGGGCACCAGAGCUGUCGUUGAAGAAAGCUUGGAGUUACAACCAUUAACGAACAGUGGCCGCAAAGCUGAUGUCAUAGGUGGCAGAAGCAUUUUACGAAGGAUGCCUCGUGUAUGGAGUGACGAAAUGGCUUCUGGCAAUGAGUAUAGUGAUGAAGAUCCCAGACCAUUAUCUCCUGGUAUACCGAUUUUAAAUAAAGCUAAAUCAGACAAAGAAGUCAGAAUUACUGAAUCUAAAAAGUGUCUUUCACCGCCGCUAUCUACAGUAGAAUUACUUCGGAAGGAAUCUGUACAACACGAAGUUAUAGGAGCAGGUUUGCCGUUACUGCAACGUUUAUUGAUUCUUAAACAAAAAAACGACCAAGAAGCCACACUGCAAAACAAGUUUAAACGAAAUGAGCCAGAACAUUUACUGCUUGAUAAUGUAACAAAAGUAAAAUCCGGUGCAAAACUGAAAACUCCGAAAAAGGAUAAUCCUAAAUCAAGUAGUCUUAAGCAACGGCUAUCGGAAGCGCAUAUUAGACCGAGAAAAUCAUCGUCAAACACAAAACUUUGGACUCUUUUAAAAAAAGCCACUGUACUUACGCCCAAGGCUAAGUUGCAAGGAUUCAAACCCGACGUAGGUAUAAUGGGUGAUAAUUCGUUGCCGCUGCCUGUGGAUUCAAAGGUUGCCAACCCCACAACUAGCGUAGCAACCAUAAGCCACGAAAACAAAUUUAUAGUGAUGUGCCAAACAUUAGAUAACCAUUACAAACAGGGCUCAUUGAUUGCUCAAAACAUAUCGGCUCACAAUAAUUUAACCAAACGUACUGAAAAUAAUAUUAAGAAACCAUGUGAUAUUAGAUUAAUCCAAAGACCAAAAGUAUUGAAUCUCUCAGGCACAAAAAAACGUUAUCACUCAAUAAACGAUUUGUCACCUGAAUACUCGGGUUUGUCGUUUGUGAAAAAAUUAAAAAUCUUAAACGAACGGCAAAAACUAGCGGAACUCGAAGAAAAAACGGUUUUGAGAAGUGCUAGCUUAGACUCGGCUGGAUGUAAGAACCUACAUUUUUCCCACUGUAACCAACUUACCCGUAGUCAUUCUGAAGCUGUAGCCUUGGAAAUAGUAAUGAGAAAUCAACAAAAUCGUAAAACCGACCCUUCGAGUGUGUUAGACGAGACCAACGAAACCGCCGAGCGUAUACGUCUUAAAAAUAUACUAAAAAGAUUAUCAUCAGAUUGUCUCGGAAACGACAGAGCGGAACAACUAAUGACUUCACAAACGCUUGAAGGGUUCGCUGCAAGACAUUCAAAGCUGACCAGAAAUGCAACGUUCAAUCAACGUCGUGCAUUAGAAUCGUCGCCAGAAUCUUGUGGUUCCUUUUUGGUAUUUCCUGAUAGUAAUCUUACUUCACAGUAUAGAAAUCCCGAUCUUAUUCCAACAAAAUCGUCCGAUAAAACGGAAAUAUUGGAAUCUCCCCAAUCCAUCCCGAGUGUUAAGUUACCUAGCCAAAUGCUUACUAACUCUGUGCAUUGUUUGCCAAACCGAAUGUCUUCCCAACAAAAUUGCUGUGAUGACAUUUUGAACGGCGUCAAAGCAGUUGUAGAAAAAUACUUGAAUGAUCUGGAAUCUAAACACCAAGAAAAAAUUGGGAAACUUGAAACGGAGAUAAGUAAAAGGGAUUACACGAUAAGGACUCUUUGCGAACAAUUCAACCAGAAACUUUGCGACGAACCAAUCGACACAGAAAAGUUAGACGCUUUAUUGGACAAUUUCACAUGCAACCUAGAUGAAGAUGAAGAAAAUGUGUUUUUAAGAAAUGAUUCGGUGGAUACAGUCAUGUACCCAGCAAUAUCGCAAUUCAACAGCUUAUCACCAUACCAUCUUGAGGACUCGAAAUGUCGUAAAUCUAAUUCUACUUCUGAAGUGCCACAGUUCAGUAAAUCUUGGGAGGAUCGGUCGGAAGAAGAAAAUAUUGAGCUACUAGAUUUACCUAAAUCUAUUAUCCCGGAACCAGCUUGGCUUCGUGAUGAAACAAGGAUAGACAUGGAUUGUACUGACGAUGAAAAUGAACAUAUACCCCGUUGGGAAAACUGGGAAGCGGAAAUGUUGGUAGGUCACACUAGUCAUGGUAAUCUGUAUCGAGGACCAGAACUAGCGAGUCGCAGGUCCUUAGACGAAGAAAACCUGAUGGUAAGAAGAGGAUUUCAAGGAAGAAGAAGAUGCCUCUCAAUAGACAACAUGCCAUUUUCUAAUUCCAUACUAAGGAAUUUCGGACAAUAUGUGCGUCUGGGCAGUUCCCCGCAAACAUCAUCACCCGACAUACUACCAACUAUAUCUAAAAGCUGUUUUUCAUUAAUGUCGCAACCUGAAACGUAAGAGGAGCUUCCAAACAAACCAUUUUAGCUUAAUACAUUAUUAGGUAUUUCUCUGGACAGGGUAGUUGCCUGGUUUUGUAAACCAACUUUUUUAUGUAUAAUAACAUAGAAUUUUCAUCUUUGAAUGAAUGUAAAUAAACGAACAAUUAGUAAUUAUUAUAUUAUUAAUUCCAAUCUCUAAUUAUUGUGUUUAACUGUUUUGGAGUCAAUACUAGCAAUGAUUUCAUAGCAUAAAGAUAAGUCAUAUGGUUUAAGGUGGCACCCGGCUAUCGUGCAUUCGAGGUGUGCAUAUUUUGGUAUGCUGGUCAGGUUAUUUCUUCCGCUUGAAUGUACGCUAACCACUGUCAUUUAAACUAUAUAUGAUGGCUAUUAUGUAUAUUAUAAAGUCAAUGAUACUAGUAAACAAUUUAAACGUCGUAAUUUUUAUUAAUUUAUAAAUAACUUAUAAAUGUUAAAAACGUUAUAAUAAUUAUAAAUUAUUUGAUUUAAUACUAUUGAUGAAAUAAUUAUACAAUCAUAUAUUAUGAUAUUUUAUGCUGUUUUCUAUUAUAAUGUUUAAUAACAUUAAAAAUAUUAACACAUUGUUACAUUUAGUAUUAUAUUACAUUGUAUCUCUGAAAACUGGAACACAUACAUAUUAAUUUUAAACGUAUACAUUGGUUAAAAUUUGAAUGUGGUGUUAUAUUCAUAAUGUUUUCAUAUUUUGAAGAUACUCCUCUACAAAUAUACUGAUUAACUGGUUUAUUAAACUCCAACAUUUUGAGAGCUAUUACUAGUAACGUUAUUGCCUGUUCAGCCACGAUAGCUUCCCAAACUGAAAAUACUCCAGCCAUUCUUUAUAUUAUAAGGUGUAUCACGACGAUUUGAUCGAUUUGCAUAAAAAAAUUUAUGUACUUAAACCCUACAGGUCAUU